UGGCUUUCCUGCUCAACUUCAUUUAUUACAUGGUUGCUAACUACCUCUAUACUGUGCUGAUCGUUGCGGUUGAUGAGUCUGUCACGUCGGCUACUCGUAUAUCGUCAUUGUAUUCGUUUGUCUCCACUGUCUGGUCCCCAAUAUUUGCUAUCAUUGUUGCGUACGUGAGACGUCUAAAAUACUUCAUCGUCUUUGGUGUUUCUCUAUGGUUCUUAUCAACAGGGUUACUCUAUCAUUUCAGAGGUGGUGAUGGUGCUGGUCCAGGUAUCAUUGGUGGUCUCUGUGUUUGGGGUAUUGGUGGUACUAUGUUUUCGUAUCCUAUUACGGUUUCUAUGCAGUCUGCAACAUCUCAUGAAAACUUGGCCAUCGUUGCUGCCUUUUCAUACACAAUGUAUAGAAUUGGUUCAGCAGUGGGUAACUCUGUCUCUGGUGCUGUUUGGACACAACUGCUUCCAGACCGUUUGGCCAGAAACCUUGGUAAUGUGACACUUGCUGCUGAAGUUUAUGCCAAUCCGUAUAAGUUUGCUGCAAAUUAUGAUUGGGCUACACCAGAAAGACAAGCUACUGUCGAGGCAUACACACAUAUUCAGAGACUGGAGACAGUGAUUGCUCUGUGUUUCUGUACGCUGUUGAUUGUAUGCUCGCUGUUUCUGAGAGAUCCAAGGCUUACAAAUAAGGUUGCACACGAUGGAGAGAUUGAGGAGGGCCAACUUAUUGUUAAGGAGGACCAUGAUCCAGUUGUCGAAUUCGUUAGAACUAAGAUCUUCAGAAAGGAGCCACGACCAAAACGUGUGCCUUGCAGCAGUGAAAUAGAAGAAGAAGAUCCAAUCGUUGAGUUCAUCAGAACCAAGAUCUUCAAGAAGGCACCUAGACCAAGACAUACACAAGAGCCAGCUCUAUCAGCAGAUAGUAUCCAUGACCAAGGCAUUGAUUCUAAUACCGAAAAGAAGAUUUGAUAUCAUAUCACAUAGAUCCUACAUGGUUGCGCUAACCAUGAGCAUAUACAGCUCAACCAAUUUACGACUUUUCGUCUGGUGAUGAAUUCCAGAAUAUCGUGUAGGAGCAAGUCCAUCUAACUGUUCUUUUACAGUUCACGGUAUGAGGAUUUGAUGUUCGUUAGUAAAGCUACAUCUCCAAGGAUGUAUCACUAUGGAAACAUC